UUGUCUCUGCAUUUUCGUCACAACGGCGGGUUUGCGCUGUUUCUGAAAUAUAGAAUAACAGUAGAAAUACACCUUAUUGCACUUUUCAAAUGGUUAAGUUGAAACAGGUUGGGAUAUGGGGCACUUGGACUGAGAAAUUUUCUAUGAGAUGCCAGGAAAUAGAAAAGGAUGUGGCGAAUCUGUGGUCGCGGAUCCGCGGGCUGGAAAAAGUAAGUGGGCAAGCCAGCUGGUUUCCCAGUGCAGGAAGCGCUGACAGCUCGAGUGAGCGGACUGCUGAGGGCCUUCGGAACUAGGUGAGAAAUCCUGUCAAAGAAUAUGAAGAAAAACAAAGAAAGAUUCUGCAAUAGAGAGAGAGAAUUUGUAUAUAAAUUUAAAGUAGGAAGUCAGUGCUUGGAACUGAGAGUGCCACUCAGAUUUCCUGUUCAAGAGAAUGCCAGUCAUUUACAUGGACGUCUGAUGCUGCUGCACAGUUUACCGUGCUUUAUAGAAAAAGACUUAAAAGAAGCUCUGACUCAGUUUAUAGAAGAACAAUCCCUGAGCGAUUAUGAUAGAGAUGCUGAAGCAUCCCUGGAAGCUGUGAAAUCAGGUGAAGUAGAUUUACAUCAGCUGGCGAGUACGUGGGCCAAAGCUUAUGCUGAGACCACAUUAGAGCAUGCAAGGCCUGAAGAACCCAGCUGGGAUGAAGAUUUUGCAGAUGUUUACCAUGACUUAAUUCAUUCUCCUGCCUCUGAAACCCUCUUAAAUUUGGAACAUAAUUACUUCGUUAGUAUCUCGGAACUGAUUGGUGAAAGAGAUGUGGAGCUGAAAAAAUUACGAGAGAGACAAGGUAUUGAAAUGGAAAAAGUGAUGCAGGAAUUGGGAAAAUCACUGACAGAUCAAGAUGUAAAUUCACUGGCUGCUCAGCAUUUUGAAUCCCAGCAAGACCUAGAAAAUAAAUGGUCAAAUGAAUUAAAACAAUCAACUGCCAUCCAAAAACAAGAGUAUCAAGAAUGGGUAAUAAAACUUCACCAAGACCUAAAAAACCCCAACAACAGCUCCCUUAGUGAGGAAAUUAAAGUUCAGCCAAGUCAGUUCAGAGAAUCUGUAGAAGCAAUUGGAAGGAUUUAUGAGGAACAGAGAAAGUUAGAAGAAAGUUUUACCAUUCACUUAGGAGCCCAGUUGAAGACCAUGCAUAAUUUGAGAUUGCUGAGAGCAGAUAUGCUGGACUUCUGUAAGCAUAAAAGAAAUCAUCGAAGUGGUGUGAAACUUCAUCGGCUCCAAACAGCUCUGUCACUUUAUUCUACGUCUCUCUGUGGCCUGGUUUUACUAGUAGAUAAUAGAAUUAAUUCAUAUAGUGGUAUUAAAAGAGAUUUUGCCACAGUUUGCCAAGAAUGCACUGACUUCCAUUUCCCCCGAAUUGAAGAGCAAUUAGAAGUUGUCCAACAGGUGGUACUUUAUGCUAGAACCCAGCGCAGGAGUAAGUUGAAAGAAUCACUUGAUUCUGGAAACCAAAAUGGAGGAAAUGAUGAUAAGACUAAGAAUGCUGAGAGGAACUAUUUAAAUGUUUUACCUGGGGAAUUUUAUAUUACACGGCAUUCUAACCUCUCAGAAAUCCAUGUUGCUUUCCAUCUUUGUGUGGAUGACCAUGUGAAAUCGGGAAACAUCACUGCUCGUGAUCCUGCCAUUAUGGGACUCCGAAAUAUACUCAAAGUUUGCUGUACCCAUGACAUCACAACAAUAAGCAUUCCUCUCUUGCUGGUACAUGAUAUGUCAGAGGAAAUGACUAUACCCUGGUGCUUAAGGAGAGCGGAACUUGUGUUCAAGUGUGUCAAAGGUUUCAUGAUGGAAAUGGCUUCAUGGGAUGGAGGAAUUUCUAGGACAGUGCAAUUUCUAGUACCACAGAGUAUUUCUGAAGAAAUGUUUUAUCAACUUAGUAACAUGCUUCCCCAGAUCUUCCGAGUAUCAUCAACGCUCACUCUGACAUCCAAGCACUAAACCCUUAUAGAUUGACCUGCUGGCAGAAGAUGAUUGUUAAACUCUCCAGGAACUUGUGCUAUGCUGGGAAUCUGUCAAGCAAAAGAUGCCCAGAAAGACAACUUGCAACUCAAUCCACAAAUCAAGAUACAUGUCUGUGAAACCAUUCCAAAAAUUUAUAUACUGCACAAACUAGUGAUCAACCCCUAACUUAAACACUUAAAGUCUAUGAAUUUCUUUUUUCUUCUCUGUGUUACCUGUGAAUAUUAGUAAUCUAAAACUUUUUAUUUAUCACACAUGGACACUUGCGAAAGGAAACUUGAUUAUAUUUACAUGGAGGCAUUUGACUUUUUCAAGAGGCUUGACUCGUCUCAGGUGCAAGCCUUAAUUAAACAUACAAACAAAAUCUUCCUUUUACUUUAUUUGCCAAAACAAAAUUUAAAAGCACUGAAAUAUACAUUGCAAGUACAAAUUUCCUGUGAAAAUCUUUUUAUAGAAACACAAAUGUAUAAGACAAAUGUGCUUAUUCUUUUAAAUUCUCCUGUUUCAGAAUCCUCUUUUUAAUCUACUCCUUCUGAGGCUGUACAAGUUAGAGUCAGAGGAUGUUUUGGAUUUUUUCCCUCUCUCUCAUCCUCCCUCUGUGACCUUGCACUUGCAUAUUAAUAACAUUUCAUGGACUAGGAAAUAGUGUUCUUUUUUGCAAGCUUGAUGUCAAGUUAGUCUAAACCAGCACCUGGCAGUAUUUUAGGGCUCAUCAACAUUGUGACAAUCAGACAAGGAAGAUCAUUUUUAUAUUUCUCUCCUCCCUGCGUUCUCAGCUUGCUUAACCAUUCCUCUACCUCUUGCAUUUCUUUGCGGAUAAAUGUAUCCCCAUUUCUGCUUCUCUGUUUCCCCUCCUUUUCCAUUGUUUUUCCUUAUGGUACUACUUUCUCAGGUGCCACGUAUCAUGUAUUUGUCCCAUCUAUAACAUAUUUGCUAUGAGUAGUAACUCCAUUAAACAAAGGCAUUUACAAAAGCA